AUGGACCAACCUGGGCACCUCCUGGAAGAUAAGGCUCUAGCCGAAAUUCUUGAUGUCGAGGACGUGGACUUUGACGGUGGUAGUGAUACCAAAGUCGAGGGGGAGGAGCAAUCCAAACUUAGCACACCUAUUCGUGGGGACAAUUCCCAUCCGGCACCCAUUCCGCUCCCCGAACAUUGUGCCGCGACUGCGCUUACAGCGCUGGGAGCAUUGGGCCCCUUAGAUAAAUCCAUCACCACUACCCCGCUUGACGAGGAGCAACAACGCACGCUCUAUUAA